CCCCAGCUCUACAUAACCUUUCUUUAGAUAAUUCUACAUUAAUUCUAUUCUAUAACUUUUCCAGAAGACUGGAUCUUCGAAGAGCUAUGGGCCAGUCUCAUGAUCAUAUUCGGAAUCAGCAUGGUCGACAACCUAUAACCCACUAGAUGUCGAUCAAAAAGCUUUUAAUCAUCUCGAAAGGUUCCCUUGUUAGUCAUCGAUAUGUGACGCUUCCGGUCGAAAAAUACGAUAUACUCUAAAUGUGUCGUUUUCUUCAAAAACACAUGCUUUUCAAAAAUUUGCAACAUUUUCUAGCUCGGUCUUUUUUGAGCUUCUGAAAAUAAUUUUUUCAGAUUCAGCAUCAAAAACUGAUUAUAGAUAAGCUGGUAAAUUGACUCUAGACCCAAAACUCUAUUGGUGGUGGCGCUUCGAAUUGUGUCGACUAUGAUGCGUAUAGGUCGAUUUUGUAAACCUAUCUACUUUUUAUGUGUGAGCGAUGGAGUCAAUUAUUUUAUCUCAUUCCAUUCAUCAUACCAUCCGUCAUCAAACUACGUAUCCUUUUUUUCCUUUCCUUUCCUAUGUUGAGAAAAAUCGUUUUUACUGUAUGAUACGAAAAAGGGGGAGGUCAUUUUUACGUAGAAUGUUUGCUUUUUAUCCAGAUCAAGUGAGAAUUUGUUCAUGUAGGUAAAAACUGAUAACGAAUCCAAUGGACAUAGUUUCGAGGUCUGUAUGAGGUCUUCAGAGGGGCUCUGGAAAACCUUUUAUAAGCGAAAGUUUUGAUAACAUGUGUGUUUCUUUAAGAUAAUUUCAUUUGCAAUUGAACUAAGUUAGUUUGGUAUGCCUGAAGCAAGUAAAAGGAAAAGUCAGGAGAAUUCAAGGCCUUGGAUUUGGCUCAGUUUAUUGAUGGAAAAUACUAUGAAUUAACGGGAAUUCAAAAACAAAUUGUCGAUGAUUUUAUAAGAUCUGAAAGAAGUUGUCGUGUGGAUCUUCGUAGAUGGGGAGCUAAGUUUGAAGCAAAUUCACCACGUCCCUAUUUUGAAGGACACGAAAGGGAUGAUGUAGUGGAACAUCGUAAUGAAUUUAUUCGUUAUUUUCUACCACAUAAAGAUUUUUAUUACACAAUUAGUAAUGGUGACGCACCCAUGUGGAAUAUUCCAGCCCAAAAUCCUUAUAGAAUACUUAUAUGUCAUGAUGAAUCAACAUUUAGAAGUGGUAAAGUUAGCCCAAAACGGUGGUUUUUCAAAGAGAAUACACCGUUUUUUCGAAAGGACAUGGACAUGGAAAGAUCUAGGUUACAAAACUUGAAAUGCUGGCGGUUAAAUACAGUAUUAAGAUUAAGUGUUAUUAUACAAGUGUUAUCAAACAAAAACAAAGAUUAG